AUGAUUUAGAUAAUCUAUCGAAAGUAGAAAUAUUCAGUCAAUUCAACAAAUGAUGAAUAUAUAUAUCAUUAAAUAUUUAUCAAUUAAAUAUUAUUUUUCAAUUCUUGUAUAAAUAGAUUUAUUAUAACCAAUUUUUAAAAGAAAAAGUAAUAUAUUUAUAUCAUUUAAUAGACCCCAGAUAUCAUUUUAAUCGUAAUCUUCCACCAUAUAUACCAAUAAUUAUUCAGAAUUGAAUAAAAACUCUCUUAAUGAAUUUCAUAAUCAUUAUCAUUUUUGGCUUAUUUAAUAAAUUAUUAUUUUCCUUUAAAUAUUUUAUAUAAGUUAAAAAUAAUUAAAGAAUAGAAUGAAUCCUUAAAUUAAAAAUACAUUAAAUUGCUUAGAUCAAACUUUAUCUUAAUACGGAACCGUAGAUUUAGAAGUUAACAAAUGGGAUUAAAUCUAAUAAAGGCUUGUUAAGGUUAAAAUUUAAUUAACAAUUACACAAGAUAAUUAAAUCAUAUGCUUAUAUGAAGGAGUAAUAUUGAAAAAGUAAGUGAUCAUUUAUAUGUUUCAAAGCUAAAUAAUUUAAGAUAAUUAUUUGAAUCCAGAAGUUUUAAACUUAGAAUAGAUAAAGCAUCUUCAAUGGCAAGGUGAAUAUUGUUAAAACAAGAGAAAAUUUGGCAAAUGGAUAGCUAUUUGGAAUGGAGAAGCUCUUUUAGAAGUUGGUGGAUACUAUGAGAGUGGAUUAAAAUAAGGUUUAUGGAAAGAACUAAUUAAUUAAUAUUGGAGGUAAUAAAAAUUAAUUAUUUGAUUUCAAAAAAGCCAUGCCACAAUAUAUUAAAGUGGAGAUUACUUUAAUGAUUAAAAAUAGGGAAUAUGGACUUAUAACUAUAAUAACGAAAAGAUGUAAUAUUUUUGCUUAAUUUAAUAAGAGGGGGUGGAUCCUACAAUAGCUAAGGCUAAAAAGAUGGUAAAUGGAUUGAGUUGAAGGAUAGGUUUUAUAAUGAAUCCUAAGUUACUUAUAGUGGGGUAUAUAAAAAUGGGAAAAAAGUAAGUAUUUGGGAAACAAAGUACGAACAUAAAUAGAUGUAAAUUUAUCUAAUUAUCUCUCAAUAAUUAGUGGUGGCGGAUCAUAUGAUUAUGGAGAUGAAGGGAUUAAAGUUGGAAGAUGGAUUGAAUUAAGUGAUGGGUUUUAUAAAUAUUCAUAAGUCACUUAUAAUGGAGAAUAUAAAAGUGGUAAAAAAGUAGGUAGAUGGGAUAUCAAAUGUGAAGGAAAAUUGAUGUAACCUUAUGAUAUGCUCAAAUUUAGUGGAGGUGGAUCAUAUAAUAAUGGAGGUGAUGAGUUUAAGAUAGGGAGAUGGAUUGAGUUAAGCGAUGGGUUUAGAUGGAAUUCAUAAAUUUCUUUUGAAGGGGAAUAUAUAAACAAUACCAAAAUUGGUAGAUGGAAUAUCUUGUAAGAUAAUUUUAAGAUGUAAAAUAAUAUUAUUGAAUAAUAUUUACAAUUUUUAGUGGUGGUGGGUUCUAUGAUGAAGACGGUAACGGAUUUAAGAUUGGGAGAUGGAUUGAAUUAAGCGAUGAAUUUUGGAGCGGUUCUUAAGUCACUUACAAUGGAGAAUAUAAAAAUGGUAAAAAAGUUGGCAGAUGGGAAAUUUAGCAUGAAUCCAAAAAGAUGUAUCAUGAUUUGAAGAAUGCUUAGUGGCGGUGGGUUCUAUGAUGAAGAAGGUUAUGGAAUUAAGAUUGGGAGAUGGAUUGAAUUAAAUGAUGAAUUUUGGAGCAGUUCUUAAGUCACUUACAAUGGAGAAUAUAAAAAUGGUAGAAAAGUUGGCAGAUGGGAAAUUUAUUAAAAAAAGGGUAAUAGAGAUUAAAAGAAAGAAUAUAUGUAAAAUUGUUGUUAGAAAGUAUUAGUGGUGGUGGGUAGUAUGAUGAAAGGGCAAAUGGGAUUAAAAUUGGGAGAUGGAUUGAGUUAAAUGAUGGUUUUUAUGAUUAUUCUUAAGUUAUUCAUUAUGGUGAAUAUUAAAAUGGUACAAAAAUUGGAAGAUGGUAAAUUCAGUACGAAGGGAAAUAAAUGUAAAUUUUCUUAAUAAUCAUAUUAUAAAUGUCGUAGUGGUGGUGGAUCAUAUGAUGAAAGA